AUGGCGUCCCAAGGCAGAAGAGGUGGAGUCUCGCUCCCUGACAGGCCCAGUAAUUCCAGCUCCGUCCUCGCCAAGAUCUCGCGUUCCUCCAUCGUCGUCCGCGGCAAGGAGGCCGCUGGCGACGCCGCCUUCGUGGCGAAGAAGCUCCUCCGGAGCACCGGCAAGGCGGCGUGGAUCGCCGGCACCACCUUCCUCGUCCUCGUCGUCCCCCUCAUCGUGGAGAUGGACCGCGAGCAGCAGCUCAACGACCUCGAGCUCCAACAGGCCAGCCUCCUCGGCACCCCCGCCACCAAAUAA